AUGCCUGCGCCGUACUCUGGACAGUGCCUCUGCGGAGGCGUUGCCCUCACAGUCAAGUCUGAGCCCGUCACGGUUCUGUCGUGCUUCUGUGUCCACUGCAGCAAGGGCGCCGGAGGCUGCAACCAGUUGCGGCUCGCCCAAGGAGAAGGCAUUCUGCAAGACCUGUGGUGUUCCCCUCUGACCGUGCCCGGCUCGGCCAAGGGCGUCAACCUGCUCAUCCGCACAAGUCUCUUGGGUAGUGGACUCGCCGAACUCAAACCCAAGUCGGAAAUCUUCGUCAAGAACCGUCCAGACCCCCGACGUUGCGAGUGCUUCCGCGACUCCCCGACACACCCUCCUCUUAGCGCGGAACAAAUCCCCACUCCACCCCCUUUUCCCUCGGAAGCACAAGCUCGGAAGUCGGAGCUCUCGGAUGAAAAAUAUAGCACAAAGCAAAUUACCAAGCAACGUCCACCGGGUGUAACGCAUAAGCUUGCUUCCACGCCCACUUUUCUUUCUCUUCCGCUCCUCUUCCGCCGCGCAUCCGAAUUGCAGCGCCGCUCCAUCACCUCGCUCUCCCGCUUUACUCCCGCUCCAUCGAUCAUUUCGGAUACAGGAAGCAUUAUCCACUCAGGACUGAUACCACCCGACUGCAGCCGUAAGGCAAACGCUUGGCCUCCGCCCUUUUUCCUUACUGCUUUCAGCUCUCUCCCGGUAUUCCUCGACAUGCCGGAUUCCACCCAAUCCCCGAUCCGAGAGCCCCGGCCCAAACGGCAGAAGAUUGAUAUUGCCUGUGACACCUGCCGGGCUCGCAAAGUCAAGUGCAACGGGGUUCGACCAGCAUGCGGGAACUGUCUGAAGCGAUCCGAUCUCGUCUGCCAUUACAGCGAAGGCCCUCCGGAUCGCUCCUCAUCCAAACAGAGCCCUUCCGUGAACGGGCCCCGGUCACUUCCCAGGCGACAUGACUCCCCUCACAUGUCCCUCGUCACAAGUCCGAGGCCUCUUCCCGCCCCUCCCGUCCCUCCCGGCCCUCACCACCAUCAUACCCCUUCUGUUCACACCAAGUCCAUCCCGAGCCCAAUAUUGCGGAGACCCGAUACAAAGCCCCCACCUGGCCCGUCUCCGGCUUCCAUAGCGGGUGAUAGUACCGCCGCUUCCGUGCCUAGCUCAGCUGCCCAGCCGAGCCCUUCCGUCAUCGACUCCAUGACAAUCGUCCUGGAGGACGGAGAGAGCACGCAGCAGUACUUUGGAAGUAGCAGCGCUGGCUCGUUCACGCGGCAGAUCAAGGCCGCCAUUGACGCGCGACUAGGCGUGCCAACCCAGCAGCCGCCGCCAAGGAGCAGCAGCCUCCUAUCACAAGGAGCGGGCUAUGAUGUCCCCGAUGCGAAGGGGUCGGAUGGACCACUGGACUACGUGCUUCCUCCACGCCGGCAGGCUGAUCAUCUCACUGGCGUGUACUGGUUCUACGUAGACCCGCUGUAUCCCUUCUUGGACAAGGCGAAAUGGGAUCGUGCCUACGAAGGUCUCUUCACUGGCGGUCCUAUUGACGUCAAUGAGCGCAUCUUUGUCACGACCCUAAACGUCAUCUUCGCCUUGGCCACGCAGUUGGUCGAGUCUCUCCACCCGGAACAGCGGGAUGACUCGAGCAACAUAUACUUCCGACGGGCCCAGGACCUGCUGCGGCUUAACCUCUGGGACGCGGGCUCUUUUGAGGUGGUGCAAUGCCUGCUCUUGAUGAGCCAGUACCUCCAGAGCACCAAUAACCCCCAUCAGACGUGGAUGGUUGUUGGGUCCGCGAUUAGAACGGCGCAAAGCCUGGGCUUGCACCUUCCCGAAACGACUGCUGAUAUGACGGACCUCGAGCAGAGGGAGAUGCUGAGACGGAUAUGCAAUGAUUUCGGAGCGUCUGGCCUCGGAUGUACCUCUUCCUCUCUACUCGCACAACGCGGUUUCCCACAACGGCGCCGACCGGGGAACUCGGGCGACUUUUCCAAAAUUGCCUUCUUCACCAAAUCCGUCGAGCUCUACGAGAUCAUCAACUCCAUCACCCAAGCCUUCUACUCGGACCAUCACGCGCCUCGAUCGCGGACAGCCAGUCGCAAGUCUUCCAAGCAAGACAUGCACCAGGGAACCAGCACCCCAUCGCAUGAUAGCAUGGAAGAGGAUCUGGGCACGGUGAUGAAAUUGGACGAGGCUCUCACCCAAUGGGAACACACGCUCCCGGAUCACAUUCGGAUCAAGGUGAUCAAGGAAUCUGAUAGCGAAAUUUUCAUGCGCCAAGCUGUGAUUCUACGCAUACGAUCUCUGCAAGCCCGCCUGCUCCUCUUACGGCCCACCCUCUCCCGUUUCUGCCUACAGCCUGCCCCUUCCACCUCCUCCCGCGGCUGCGACAACCUGCGCAACCGCGUGGUCAAGGAAUGCGCCUCGUUUUGCGUCGCCACCGCCCAGCGCCUCCUAUCCCUCAUGACGCAGUACCAGACCGACGACGGCACCGUCGGCCUCCUCCCCGCCUGGUGGUACCGCGUCUACUACAUUUACUCGGCCGCCACCAUCCUGAUCGCCACCAAGCUCAGGCCGGAUUUCUUCCCCGGCCGAGAUUCGCCGCUCCUGGGACGAAGCCAUGGCCUGUCUGCACGCUCACGAGAAAUUCGGCCAGUCUGCCCGGCGGUGCAUCGCGGCGCUGACGAUCCUGUCCUCGAAAAUUAUGCAGGAGGCCGCAGCUGCGGGAGCGGGGCCGGUCGAGGGCGCGGGCGUCAACGGGGGCCGAUGGAUGCGGAGGGUGCUGGCGUGGCGGCGGAUGCCGAAUUGCAGGCGGCGCAGCAGCAAAUGUUUGAGGAGUUUGGGGAAUACCCGAAUAUGAAUCUUGGCGGGCUGUCGUUUGACGCGGGGAUUUGUCGUUUUUAA